CAGAGAAGAAGAAUGCACGAAAUGUGGCGGAAUGGACGGAAGAAGAGACUCAAAAACUCCGACCUAAAGCUUCAAAGUUUGGGAACAUUUCACUGAAAAUAAACCAGCGAACCAUGUUAAAUGCAAAUUAUGUGGAGCUCAACUGUCAUUCCAUGGUAGCACUAUGGCGUUGCACGAACACCUUAAACACCGACACCCCGGAGCCACUGUAUCAUCACGUACCACAGAGAGAAUUUUAGAGAGGAAGAAACCAAUGAAUCCCCAGAACCCAUCCUGUCCUCCCGCUACCUGGCUUGCCUGACCUGGGACACUGAGACCACCAUCCGUCAGGCCCAGCAAACAGAACCUGACCCAGGAGGAGGUCCCGCCGGUACCCUAUUCGUCCCUGAUUCUGCUCGGUCAAAAGUCCUCCAGUGGGCCCACUCCAGCCAGCUCUCCUGCCACCCAGGGGUCUCCAGGAUGCUAGCGGUUCUUCGCCGGCGGUUCUGGUGGCCUUCCAAAAACUGAGACACCCAGGAAUAUAUCGCAGCAUGCUCCGUCUGUGCCCAGAAUAAGACCUCCACCCAGCCCAGCACCGGACUGUUGAACCCCCUGCCCAUCCCUAGAUGACCCUGGUCCCAUAUUGCUCUAGAUUUCAUCACUGGAUUACCCCCGUCCCAAGGAAACACCACCAUUCUGACAGUAGUAGACCGCUUCUCCAAGGCUGCACAUUUCAUUCCCCUGCCCGAACUCCCUACCCCCCGAGAAACCACUGAUCUCCUUGUAACCCACGUUUUCUGAGCCUAUGGGAUCCCAGUAGAUAUUGUGUCCAACCGCGGGCCCCAGUUUACUUCUCAUUUUUAGUGGGCGUUCUGUUCCGUGCUUAGGGCCAGGGUCAGUCUGUCUUCUGAGUUCAACCCCCAGAGCAAUGGCCAGAUGGAGCGGUUGAAUCAGGAGAUGUAGGCCACCCUCCACUGCAUUACAUCUAAGAACCCUAGCUCCUGGAGUUCCCAGCUCCCCUGGGAGGAGUACGCUCACAACAUGCUCCCCAACGCCACUACCAGACUAUCCUCUGUUGCCGGACCUCAAAGAGGAGAUUGCAGUUCCCUCUGUGGCCGCUCAUCUCCGUGGAUGCGCCCGGACCUGGCCUCAGACCCGCACCGCCCUCCUCCGAGUAUCCCGUCGCAUGCAAGACCAGGCCAACCGCCACCAAUCUGAAGCGCCGAUCUACGCUCCAAGACAACAGGUUUGGCUCAGAGCUAAAGAUCUCCCUCUCAGGGUUCCUUCGAAGAAGCUGGCCCCCCGUUUCAUUGGACCCUUUGAAGUUGAGAGAAUCAUCAACCCCACCGCAGUCCACCUCAAGUUACCUCGGUCCAUGCGCAUUCACCACACCUUCCAUGUUUCACAGAUCAAACCGGUUCAGGAGAGUCCUCUGACCCCUCCCACUCCACCCCCCCGUAUGCUCGAUGGAGAACCAGUAUUCACUGUCCGCCGUCUCCUGGAUGUACAUUGUCGGGGCAGAGGCCUGCAAUAUCUGGUGGACUGGGAGGGUUACGGCCCUGAGGAGAGAGCCUGGAUCCGUCGGCGGCAGAUCCUGGACCCUGAUCUCAUCAGGUAGUUCCACCGGGAUCAUCCAGGCCGGCUCCGUCAGGCGCCAGGAGGUCAUACGGUUACUGUUUUCUACUGUACAGCCAGACAGAAAUGCAGAGUGUGUCAUCCAUUUUCAAGUAAUGUCUGCUUUAGGUGAAGAAAUCAAAGGCAUCAUUGUCAGGGCAUUGCCAAACCUCUCUGAAGAGACUCAAUUGCAACUGAUUUCUAGGCUUCAAUCUUCUGGCUUAGAAUCAAAGGAAGACUUGAAAUAUGUACAACAGGAAGACAUGGCUGACCUCUUACCUGUUAUUCAGCUCCGUAAGCUUUUGGAUGCAUUCAAAUCAGAGACAGAGAUGUUCCCUUUAGAUCUCACAAUGACACAAAGCCCCAGACCACUCUCUAGCUCAUCACCACUAGAAACCACUUCACCACUAUCCAGCCCCUCAUCCUUGCCAUCCACUUCAUCGUCUAACCUGUCGGAAAUGAGCAGCCCAGACAGCAGAGGAUUUCCAUCCCAGAUUUCCAAAACAUGGCCAGAAACUUUCCAAGUGCCAUGGGAUCACAUGCCACUGGAAAUCCGUUCAGCCAUUGCCAAUGGGAAAAGACCAACCCCUGCAGAGCGGCGGCAGAUGGUGAGAGUGCUGGCAGAUGAAAUGAGGAAACAUGAAGCAAACCCAACAUGUUCCCAGUUUCUCACAGUUUGUCAAAAAAUUGUGAGGCAGUACCCCCAGAGUUUUGCUGACGUUUUCACAGAUGGCUCACUUAUGGCAGGCGGUCAUACUUCGCUUCUUAUUCAGAUAAAAACUCGUAUUGAGAACUUAAACCGUGACAGCAGCUUUGCACGCCACCGAACCCCAAGACGCUCUGGAUCCAGCUCUGUGCGCAAGAGGGGGCCCACUGACACAUAUGGAUGUACUAGAUUUCAGCCAGAUCUCCCACCAGGUGAGACUGAUGAUAGUGUGGAGCAAAAACGCCAAAGAUUGGAGGAGAUCCACAGACAGGAAGGUGCGAGUGGAGUUGAAAGAGCAGAGGUCUGUAGUCUCAUGGAGACCACAUUCUGUCUAUUGCGUCGCCAUAUACAGUGCCUUGUGAAAGUAUUCGGCCCCCUUGAACUUUUCAACCUUUCGCCACAUUUCAGGCUUCAAACAUAAAGAUAUAAAAUUAAAAUUUUUUGUCAAGAAUCAACAACAAGUGGGACACAAUCGUGAAGUGGAACGAAAUUUAUUGGAUAUUUAAACUUUUUUAACAAAUAAAAACCUGAAAAGUGGGGCGUGCAAUAUUAUUCGGCCCCCUUGCAUUAAUACUUUGUAGCGCCACCUUUUGCUGCAAUUACAGCUGCAAGUCGCUUGGGGUAUGUCUCCAUCAGUUUUGCACAUGGAGAGACUGAAAUUCUUGCCCAUUCUUCCUUGCAGAACAGCUCGAGCUCAGUGAGGUUGGAUGGAGAGCGUUUGUGAACAGCAGUCUUCAGCUCUGCCCACAGAUUCUCCAUUGGAUUCAGGCGGUUCAUUGGGAUCAACCCAGAGAGAGGAACCAAGGCCAGCCGGGGCAAGAUUGUCUCCAAGAGGACAGGCAGAGUCGUUCAGAAUAAGUCUGUGACAGUCAAUCCCCAUGUGUCCACUCUUCUGAAGAACCUCAUAGACUUUGAGUGGAAUUUCAUAUAGGUCAGUAAACUCAGGCACUUCACAUCAAUGCAGCCAUAAUAAUUUCACAUUGUUUGCCUGAAGUUAUGUGUUCUUGUUUUCCUGUCUAGUAAAUCUGAUAUAUUUCACUUGAGAAAUGUGAAUAUUUGUGCUGUAGAACUGCCAUUUAUGUUAACAAGAAGGGAUCAUGUUCACUUGUCCCAGAAAAGGCCCUUGAUCAGUUCUAUUCUAAUCAGACUUAAAGCAUUCUCUUUAUGUUUUAAGAUACCUGUUUAAGUUAAUAUACAAACAAUUGCUUUGAAAUGCUGAAUGAAGCUAAAACUGAGUUAGAAUUUGUGGAGUGUAUUUCAUUUUUGCAGAAAUUUUGAUUAUCAAAAACUAUUGAAAUUUGAAGAGGGGUGUCUGAGCUGUUGUUUGUGAAAGAAAGAGUUUGAAGGAAUGAUGUAACCUCUUGUGAAAUCCACCAUUUAGAUUAUUCUUUUUAAACAAGAAAACCUUUUGUCAUCUAUUUCAGUUUGUUUGAAAGGGGAAGUUCUAUAUUACAUUUGUUGGAUUGCUAUUAGUUUUCAGUCCCACUGACAAAUUGUGCAUUUUGUUUAAAAAGGGCAGUGAUUCUCUUUGGUUUGAUGUAUCAUCCCCCAAGUUUUUUUUAAACAUUUCUUAAUGUUAUCAUAUUUGAUGAGCAAGUAGACUGCCUUGUUUUGUUAGGCGUACUUGAAAUUUCCAACCUUAUUGUUUGUAUUAACAAAUGAAGUAUUUCAGUUGAUGCUGCCUUUUAAAAUAAAUCUUAGGUUACAUCAUU